UUAACAUCGAAGAAAGGGACUAUUUUUGCGAAGGAGGUCGGUUCGACCCCCUCACAACAUGUGAAUAAGGUGUGAGUGGCAUAUUGCAUCAUCUUUUUCCCGCGCAAUUGAUGCGCGUGAGCAUGUCUUGUUCAUCAAAACAUUGAGAUCGCGCCCAUUCAUUCAUUAAUACACCGGCGUUCAUCUCAGUCCAGCGUGGCUGGAGUCUCUUUUAGUCAAAAGUUACCAAAGUUCGAAGCUAUUUUCUAUUGUCUAGUGAAACGAACAUUUACGAAGAAGUUUAAAACGCUUUGAAGUCGUUGUCGUAAGGAUGAGUGUGCAGACCGAAGUUGUCUGUGUGGCAUACUGUUUAGUUUAUAUCUUCACUACAGUUCACCCUGGUGAGUUUUGAAAUUGAAAGCAUUGAAACCACGUGCAGUGGAAUUAAUUUACAAAGCUAAAACGUUAACGUGUAAGAUGAUUUUAUCAAAUAUGAAGAUAUUCUAUUGUAAAUUUGGAUGUUUGUAGUAUUUUCUCGCUUGACGUCGUACCGUGGCGUAUUUCUUCUCUAAUUAAUAGCGACAGUCUCUUCGUUUUUUUCCCAUUUUUUCCUGUCAAGCUAUGGCUAUGUUUUUACCUCCCGAAUUUCGUUUUCAAGUCAAAGUUUUCCUCUUCUGAACGUCUUUCUCUUUUUAUUUAAAGUACAAUUAUGAUAAAUUUAUGGCUCUCAUUUUGGCGGUAUUUCUUCAGUGAUGCGUACUACACACCUGGGUUUACGACAGUUCAAGCCCAUAUUUAAAAAAAUCAGACUCUUUUGGAUACUUUAAGUAUUGCUUGUAUUUUAAAACUACUUGAACUCUUUUUAAUCGCACAAAGGUUAUUUCUAAUUUAGGUAAGUCUAGAAAAUCUUUCACUUCAUAGUUGUUUGGAAUGCAAAUUUUUACUACUUGGUUACUACGUGGGUGAUAAGCUUCUGCGUAAGCUUCUUCCAUUCAUAAGAUAUUUCAUCAUUCUUUUCGUAGGAGGUCAAUAUAUUAUGUUUUGUGAAAGCCUAUGUCGUGUUUCCUCGGCGCCUCAAAUAUUUACAACGUUAUUCGUCGAUGCUUCUCGUCUACAAUAUAUUUGUACAAAGGUCGUAAUCGAAGUGAGGAAAUGAAAGAGAUCGUGUGAAAUUGUUAGCGCUAUAUUCUAAUUUGUGUUACUUCUGCUUGAAAUGCUGUCUUUUGGCGGCAACUUCUUUGAAAUUUCUUAAAUAGUUCAUCAAUCAUGUGACAAAUUUAACCGCGCUGUAUUUUUUCCGAAAUAUCAAUUGUUUGCAGUAUUGGCGCGAAGUAGCACGAGUUUCUUAGCGUGGGUUUCGAUAGCACAGAGAUCGAUAUUCGCUUUGUUCCAGUUUUGUUUCAUGCGGCGCUGAAAGGAAAGUGUUCUGUUUAGGUGAUUACUUUUUUUAUACCUACUUUAUCGCUUUCAAGACUCAGACAUCAGUACCUUGGUGAUUAAGUCAGCUGCCCGUCAUAUGUUGAGCGCGUGCGAUUUAUUGCAUCAGCUACGGAUGACUAGAAAAUAUGUCCCAAGCCGGGUCCAAAGUCUUAAUCCUGGUUUCGAUUUCUUUUCUAGUACUGGUACCAGCGGAUUUUUCAUUGGACCACUGAAAACCUCUUUUAACAAAUCAGAUAUGAUUGGAAUGUUUGGUCGUUCUCGAAAUUUCAUGGGAAGCAGACAUGUAAAUAUUUAACAGAUAUUUGGCAGUCUUAAGAGCCAACCAUUUUGGGGAAGGGUCAACCACGGAUUUGAAAUUCUAAUUAACAGCUGGAAAGAAUUCUUUGCUAUCAGUCUCAAUCUAUAAACAUUACUGCCAUCUCGUCUCAUUUUAAUUUCAUUGGCUGAAAAAGAUAUGAAGAGAUGGCACAACAGAACACUUGGUCAUAAUUGGAUUGUGUCAAGUACAAUUGUUCUAAUUAAAAUGGAAGUGAGGCUAUGGGAGAAUUUGUCCCCAGGCCUCCUCAGGUCUGCAGUUGAUAUACUGAUAGUAAGGAUAAUAUCCAUGCUUGUUUGUCUUGCCAUUUUCUUUUACAGGGAUAUCUAGUCCCACUAGCUCAACCCGAUAUCAAUGCGGAUCAGAACAGUUUUCCUGUACAAAUGAAAAAUGCAUUCCUGCACACUGGCGAUGUGACAGAGAUAAUGAUUGUGGGGACCAUUCAGAUGAGGAUGGUUGUCGUAAGUACAUGAUAAAUUGACAGAGUUAUAUUACAGAGGCACAAAUCUUUUGCCUGAAAGUAGCAAAUUUUAAUAUCAGGAAAAUAUACAAGAAAUUUGAAGUCCGAUGUCAGUGACAACAGUGAUCAGUGGCCACCAAAUCUUAAGUUUGUAGCCCCUGAGGUUUCAGUUCUCAGACAUCAGGUUAGUCUUGUUGUUGAAGUUAUUGUUACAUUGGUGUCUUAUAGCUCCCCAGACAUGCCAAGCAAAUGAAUUCCGCUGCAACAAUGGACGAUGCAUCCCACAAUCGUGGUAUUGUGAUCAAGCAGAUGACUGUAAAGAUAAUUCUGAUGAGUUAAAUUGUGGUACGUUAACAGCUGAACAAUGGUUAUCUAACCUUUUAACCCUUAGGUGGGGUUGAUUUUGCUAACAAUAUCAAAAGAUAUUCUAGAAACUGGUAAUGGAUAGAGACAAACAUAUCAGUUAAGUAAUGUAAUCGAGACCACAACAUAGAACACUUUUCUCACGCAACAUUUCAGGUCCCAUUACCCUAGAAAUAAUUUGUUUCUCCUUUACCCAGUUCCGUUAUUGAAGGAGAAACCUACUCCUUCCAAGGAGAGAUUAAAGCAAGUGGUAAUUUCUAAACUUCCUCUGACAUUUACUUCUUUUAGUUCACUUACUUCACAUUGAAACACCUAUAAUUAUUCUUAACUUCAUUGUAUGAUAGCCCCCCUUGAAAGUUAUGGAAUUUUACAAUAUUACCCUUAAGGCAUGGAAAGUCAUACAUAUUGGUUAAAGAGACUUGGGGAAAAUGUUUUUUAAUGAGAACUGACAACCAAAAAAAGAAUGGCUGGCUGAUUGUUCCACAUUUAUGCUUAAACCAUUGUCUGUUAGUCAAGAGAUCUCAAGAGAAAAAUAGGCAUGGAAUUGUUAUGGGAAGUAAUCAGAUUUUGUCGGGUUAAAGAGUAAAAUAUCCUAGUAACAUUUGGUACCUACAUGGAGGUAUUCUCAAUUGCCUGAAAUCCAUAAAUUGGGAGAAUCCAUGUAUUUUUGUACUAUUAUUAUUAUAAAUCUAAGCUUUGAGCCAAAUAUUUUAUUUUCUUAGCACAAAAUGUAAGCUGUAGUGGCCAAGAUUUCAAAUGCAAUAAUGGUAUAUGCAUAAGAAGCAGCUGGAAGUGCGAUAGACAUGAUGACUGUGGUGAUAAUUCUGAUGAGGAGGCAUGUGAUGGCUCAGGACGGGGUACUUCUAGAUUUAUUUUGAUAUUUAAAAUAAAUUACAACCCAACAUAACCUGUAGAAAAACAAAAAACAGUAUCAAACCUUGGGGAAGGCACUGACUCUUAUCCUUGCAAGCACUUGUACUAUAUGAUUUUAAUUGCUAGCUCUCUGUGUGGCCUUUUAAUUGCUUUUUGGUUCACAACACAAUAUUGUCUUACUAAAAUUUCACAUGGAAGACUGAUGAUUUCCAUUUCUGAAGUCCAUUUAUCCUGCAAAGAGGAAAAAAAAUGUAAACAUAUCUACACAGGGGGAAGAUAUGGUUUUUAAGAGCAACAACACUAAACAGAUAAUUUUAUGGUUAAUGAUAACUUCUUUACAUUGAAAAAUAAAGAAAUUUGCAAAUCAUACAAGUAAGCAUUAUAAAAACCAUGUAUACAAAAUUUACCUCUUGUUAGUUCAGAUCUAAGGCUAAUGAGAAGUAUUGAUUUAAUUAUCCAAUCACUGAAAGUAUUUAACUAAGUAUAAGCAUGCUUAUGGUUUAAGUAUUGAGGGUGUAACUAAUAUUUUAGAUUAUCUUCUAAUUAAUGGAAGAACUAUUUUGCUGUAAGUAUAUGAUAUUGUUUGAAAAAAUAUGAAUUCUCCACAUAAGGAUUUGUAUCUUGUACCUUUUGAUUUAACUUUCUGAUGCCUAAUCAAUGAGUCUAGUAUACCUCUCGGUGGGCAAGUCAUGAACAGAAACAGGUUCAUAUUAGACAAUUAUCCUGUAUAAUGGUAAGGAUUAAAUGUAAAAAGUGUUGUUUACAUAUAGGCUAUGCAAGUAUAUUAAGUCCCAGAUCAACUUUUUCCCUAUCUCUAUCCCUACUUUGUUUUUUGUUUUCUUUUUUUAGUCCAACUCUCAGUCUUCGCAAGUUUUAUUCUUUAGCAUUAAGUGCAUGGCUAAUUCAAAUUAAUUUGUGAUUACUUACACUUUUCAGCACAAGGAAGUUGUGCAAGUGGUGCAUUUUCAUGCAGCAACGGCCAAUGUUUGCCUUGGUCAUAUGUUUGUGAUGGUGAUGAUGAUUGUGGCGAUGGCUCUGAUGAAGAACCUCACCACUGUGGUAAGAAAUAGUUUGUUGACCCUUAAGAUUCAUUUGAAAGAAGGAUGUGAUUUCUUUUGUCACAAGUGUGGAACAAAGAUAACAUUUCCCCCUGCAACUGAAACCCCAGGACUUUGGCAGUACUCCCAAUAGUCAUUUUCUUGGUGGAGUUCUCUUUUAGUGAUGAGCAUCAGAGAGUGAAAUUCAAAGGUCUGGGGCUUGAUUCCUAGUGGGGGACUCGAAGAAAACCUUUAUUAUGUGUUUAGUUACCUGUUUAAGUACACUCUACUUUUCUUUCUUUUAGAUGCUAAAACCUGCAGUGCAAACCAGUUUACUUGUCAAAAUCAGCAAUGUAUUCCCCUACGUUGGAAAUGUGAUGGUGAUUCUGAUUGUAGUGAUGCCUCAGAUGAAAAUGGAUGUCGCAGGGAACCAGUUUGUUCACAAAACAGGUUUCGCUGCAGUGAUGGAACCUGCAUCCGUGGUCACUGGAAAUGUGAUGGCGAAAAUGAUUGUCAUGAUGGAUCAGAUGAGAUUGGAUGUUGUGAGUACAGAAAUAGUUCAUGAAUGAGAGGGCAUGAAAGAUGUUUGUUUUACCAUGAUUAAGUGAGAUCUAUCAAUGAUUAGCUAGGAUAAGGGAAAAGAAGACUUCAGUGAAGACUUGAAAUUAAGUUACAUUUGUCAAGUUGUGCAUAUUUUGUUGUUUCAGCUUCUUCUGUUAACUGUACUGGUGAUCAGUUUUUGUGCAAUGAUGGAAGUAAAUGCAUUCCAAAUACUAAAAAGUGUGAUGGAGUAUUGAACUGUGAGGAUGGGUCAGAUGAAAGUACUAGUUUCUGUGGUUAGUUUUAGAACUGUUUGCACCAGAUAUUACUGUUAAGUAGCCAGAAUGACUUUUAAGUUCAUUGGUAAAACUGGUUUGAGAAAUGGUGUUAACCUCAUGUGUACUGGGGCAAGUAGUUUUUUUCUUGUUGAGUGCAGUUAUGUACAUUGUAAAGAAAGUGAAUGUUCCCAGUUCACCCCCCAAGGUGUUCUGGUUAUACCUAGGAGAAAAAGUACUCCUAAAAAUAGCAUAGAAUGAAGAUUAUUUUUCAUAUAAUCUUUAUUACAAGAUUCCAUAGCUUUUUGCUUUUUCCCUUCUAAAUUAAUGUUUUGCCUUCAUAUACAAUCUAUAUUGCCCUACAUAAUGAAAGUAAAUGAUCUGGGUUACCAACUAAAGAAUUAAUGGAUUGAAUGCUUUUUUUGUUAUCUAGCGGUUAACUGUACUGCUGAUCAAUUCAAGUGUGGAAGCACAUCAAAGUGUGUUGAAAAAUCCAAAGUCUGUGAUCGAAAUAGUGAUUGUCCUGAUGGGGAGGAUGAGCAGCAAAACUGCGGUAUGUUACAUGUAGUGGUCUGUGUGCCCAUAAAAAUGCAGGCCACUGGAAACAAGUAUUUUUGUGGAAAAUUUUUUCCGCAUUGAAAAAUGAUAUUUAGUAGAUUGUGUCAGUGAGCUCUUUUACAGAAUUGUGAUAAAGUUUGUUUUAAUUUAAUUUUUUUAUGUACUUCUGUUUAGAUAUCGAUGAGUGUAUGGAUCACAAUGGCCACUGUCAGCAAAUAUGUAAUGAUCUGAGGAUUGGCUUUGAAUGCUCCUGUCAUUCAGGCUAUGUACUUGCUGAAAACAAGAAAAAUUGUGAUGGUACAUUUUUUUUCAUUUUUCAUUUGACUUGAUGUCAGCUGUUCUACAAGUCAUGCAGAUAUUGUCAAGUCUAAUGAAACUUUCAUCAAUUUCCCAUUGUUGACCUGGUCUAUUCAGAUAGCAUGUAAAAUUCUUCAACUCUUUGUUUCUAUUUCUAGAAAUAAUUUUAUUGAGUUGAUAACAUAGAAAUUACUACCAGUUAAGAUAUGCCAUCAAAGUCCAAACCAUUAAAGCUGCAUAAUGAAACACCAAAGCAGGAAUUUGAUCAAAUAGUACAUACAGGAAAGAGAUAACCAGGCUGAUUCAAGUUAAUUGUGGCAAACCAUACCUCGUAGUUAGAAAAUAACAUGAGAUAGAAUUAUGAUAUCUUCAGUUUUCUGGUUCAACCAAUUAUUACAAUUUUGAAAUAAGUUUUAACUUCUUUUUGACAUGGCUGGUUGGACAUCAGCAGAUUCAACUGUGUGAGGUUUUUUUUGUUUUUGGUUUUUUUUUGUUUCAGAUAUUGAUGAAUGUAAAGUAUACGGAAUGUGUAGUCAAGAUUGUCAAAACACCAAGGGAAGCUACAAGUGUGUAUGUAAACCAGGUUAUCAAUUGGAGCCCGACAAGAAAACGUGUAAAGCAAAAGGUAAUUUUUUUACUUUUCCUCUGUGUUCUGAUGAACAGUAAUUGUUUAUGGGACUAUGGAGUAUUUAUGGGUCUAAAAUAUGUUUAUAUUAAGUUUUCUUGUUGUCAUAUUUCUUGUGGUUGUUGGCUGGGCUCUUCAGCCCACCCACAAACGUGUCUGUUUUGAAUAUUGAAGAAAAGACUUAGGAGUAAAAAGAAAGCUCUUUUGGCAUUCUUAAUGGUUAAAUCAUUGUGUUCCUGUUCAUGCACACAGAUAAUACACCAUACCUGCUCUAUUCCACACAAUUUGGUAUUCACAAAAUGGCUCUGGAUAGGACCUCCAAUGCAUUCAGUAUAGUUGUGAAAAAUCAGAAAGGCAUUGUUGCUAUUGACUAUGACUACUAUGACAACUAUGUGUACUGGACAGAUGUCAGAGAUGAGAGGAUUUGUCGUGCUCAAAUUCCUACCCAUGGAGGAGAUGCAGGUAUGAUAGUGAUGAGAUUCUCUAGUACCUACAUGUAUCUGUCAUAAGAAUAUUACAGAUUGAGUGUUUUAGUAAAGAUAUUCCAAUUACUUGAUGGGCAACAGAAAAAGAAACUCUCAAGUCAAAACUUUGCAAUCAGGGAAGUGUAAGAGAAUUUAAUCACCAUUUGUCUCUUUCUGUAGUUAACUAUCAUUUUCCUUGGUUUCACAAGCUUUACCCUUUCCCCAUCCAACUACUAUAAACUAAUUUGCUAUGUUAAUUUUUUUUAUACUGAUUUAUUUCUUUUACUUCAGCUGAUUGUGAGGUUUUGAUACAAAACAGUACUAACACUCCAGAUGGAAUUGCUAUUGACUGGGUUGGCAAAAAAAUGUACUGGACAGAUGGGUACUUCAACAGAAUUGAGGUGGCAGAACUUGAUGGUUCUCACAGACUGACACUUUUUGACUCUGAACUAGAUGAGCCAAGAGCCAUUGUUGCGGACCCUCUCUUAGGGUGUGUUAAUUAUUGCUUUGAAAUAUUAUGUAAACAUUAGAUCUAAUGAUAUUAAGUGUUCAAUCAAUUAUAUUGAGACUCUGAAUUAGGUUACUUUGUGAAUGGGCAACUAAGCUCAACAUUAACAUUCCUGAGAAUGCUCGAGGUGACACUCAGAAGGGACAGUAGGAGGAUUUGUAGUUUCUUUAAAUGGAAGGUUUUAGCAAAGCUGUUUUUUAGAGGAUAAAAUUGAAAAGAUGUAAAGUUAUUCUUUCAAACCUUUUGUGGAAAAACAUUGAGGAUCCAGGAAAGGUUAUAAAUAGUGCUUGGAUCUCAUUUGAUAAGAAUGUUGAGAAAAAUUAAAAAGUUUCAACCUGUUAGGAAAAUCCUUGUCAUGCAAUCCUCAAUAUUACUGAGAGAUAAUGCAUGGUGAGAUCCAAAAUUGUGCUUGUACAAUUAGUUGCAUGCAUGGUUAUGCACACAGAAAGAGAUCAACAUGUUAAAAUAAUUUUGCAUUUUAAUGAAACCAGUGGAAUUUCUGAAACAUAAGCAGCCUUGGACUGUAGACUGUUAGCCAACCAUCAAGGAGUGUUUGUUGCAGUGUAUGAGCUCCCUGUUAACCUUUAACCCCAAGAGUGUCUAGCAUCUAAUUUCUCUGUACAAUAGCACCCUUGAAUCAAACCUUAAGUUUUAGAGAAUAGAGGAAUUGACAUCAACUAAAGCAGCUCUUGAUUCUUAAACAAAUUCUCUUUGUUAGCACCUUGGGAAAUAUAUGGUGAAUAGUCUGAAGAAUAUGGAUACUGAUGUAAGGGGAGUAAAGGGUUAAUUUUCUGUUAAUUUGUAGAUAUCUAUACUGGACUGACUGGGGACACAACCCAAAGAUUGAAAAGGCAGCUAUGGAUGGAAACCCAAAUACAAGACAAGUCAUUGUCUCUGAAGGGUUAGCUUGGCCAAAUGGACUUGCAAUUGAUUACCCCCUUAAAAGAAUCUACUGGGCUGAUGCAAGGUAAUAUUUUUCUUCUAAAGGUUACACAGUGAAGGCAUUAUAUCAAUGGUGUAUGUCCAAAUCUCUAAGUUGUGGGAGCAGUAAUAUUAACCAUUGAAUACUGGCCACCACUCUUAAAUGCAAUUGGCAUCGUCUGCAAUUUAGGAACUUCAGUCAUUGGUUAGACCAUCAUGGUUAUCAAAUGAAGGAUAUCUAACAUUUAUUGCUGUCCAUUUUAAUGGUGAAACUUAUAUUUUGGAUCAGAUGUUAGGUGUUCAGAGUUUCAUUUUAGAUCUCUUUUUGGGUAAAGCAGGGCUCAGGGCAGAGUGAUUUUGGUACAACUUUCAAAAUAUUGCAAAGAUUUAUCAAAACUGUUUGUUUUGUCACAAGCAUGGGACAAAAAAUCCCUAACUUCCCCACAAGGAAGCAAUUUUGAUUUGGAAACAAUUUUUUAUUUUCAGACUGAAGAAGAUAGAAUCUAGUAGGUAUGAUGGCUCCGACCGUCGUCUCAUUGCCAGCAUCGUGCCGCAUCAUCCAUUUGGGCUGGGUGUGUUUGAGAACCAGUUGUACUAUACAGAUUGGUACAAGAAUGGCAAGGGAAUUAAAAAGCUAAACAAAUUCAGUGGGUCUGAUCAAAAGAUCAAGGAUACGCUGUGGUCUCAUAUGGAUAUCAAAGUGUUUCAUCCUCUCCGUCAGCCUAAUGGUAAUAAUGUAAAUAUUAUUGGUUGUAUAAUCUUUUCAUAAGGGGAAGCAGGAAACUCCCAAUGAAACUAAAUGGGUGUACUGAUCAGAAAAUUCUAAUCCAAAAGGAGAAGGGAUUGGCCCACAUACACUUAAAUUACAGAAGGAAAUGAGGAACAAAUGGUUGAGUUAUCUUAUCAACCAAAAUUGGCAUAAUAGCCCUGGUUUUGCUGCUUUGCUUUUUCUUUGUGCACAACAUCAAAGGGAAAAGUGAGUGCUCCUUCUACAGGAACAUGGCAUAUGAAAUUUCACUACCAUGUCUGCUUAUUACACAUUGAGUGAUCAUGGGCUUACUUUGAGAUGAAUGAUAACUGUCAUUUUGUGGUGUUUCUUCAGCUACUAAUCCCUGUAAGGUUGAUAAUGGAGGAUGCAGUCACCUCUGCCUGUUGGCAGCUGAUCCCGCCAAAAAUCAUACAUGUCGAUGUCCUAAUGGAAUGAAUAUUUCUGCUAAUGGCACACCAUGCACUGGAAAGGAAGGCCCGUGGCAGCCAGCCCCUACAACUGCCUCUUCUACACGUGAACCAACAACAGCCACCACCCAAGGUACUAAAACCACACAGAAAGCAACUUCAACAAGAUCUAAUAAUGUUGUGUUAAAACCCUCCAAGUCCCCUUCUAUAAAUGCUACAGAUACAUCCAAUGCCCCAACUUCAUCUACUACAAAGAUUCCUGUAAUAACCCCAAAGGGAUCAGUUGUGGCUUUUCAGAGGAAAGGUAAGGGUUUUUAAUUAUAAAUACUAACUCUGUGUUCUGUUUGAUUCAAUUGGUUAACAAAUUAUGGCAUAUGUGUAUAAAAAUGUUCCAACAGAAGAAAAGAUGACUAUGCCAGCAAUCUCCAAAAUCCAGGUUAAGAGGUGAUUAGAGUAUUGAAACAAUCUACGCCAAUGUUGAGCUUAGUUUUAUGUGAUUCAUUUGAGCGAUUGUGGCUAAGUGAGUGACAUGGGCAUAUUAAUUUUUUUUUAAUAGUUGUGUCCCCCCUCCAACCCUUGUUUGGAUGCAAGUAUCAAUAUGAUAUUCCCCCUUGCACCCUUAAGUCAAAACUGCCAAUCAGACUCGUAUCCAGCUCAGGAUUUGCAUUCAGUUUAAUUCUGUAUCACUGAAAUACCCUUGUUAGGAAGCACCUAUAGCAACAGAAACCAUCUUGAAACAUUCUCAGUGAGAGCAAUGAGAGGUCGCUGUUUUCAAGUGUACUUAAAAUAAUCGGCAUAAAACUUAUCCUUGCAAUUUCAAAACAUACAGGUGAUGAAUUUACACACACUUUGGCUAAAGGGUGUUAUCUUCUUAUAUCUGUAAUCACCAAUUUCUUUUAAUGAUUUUCCAGGGAAAAUUAUCCUCUUAUAUCACCAAUUUCUUUAUAGGACUUUCCAGAGAAAGUUAUCUUAUAUCACUAAUUUCUUUUAAUGACUUUCCAGGGAAAGUUAUUUUAUAUUACCAAUUUCUUUUAAUGACGUUCCAAGGAAAGUUAUCUCAUAUCAAUAAUUUCUUUUAAUGACUUUCCAGGGAAAGUUAUCUACUUAUAUCACCAAUUUCUUUUAAUGACUUUCCAGGGAAAGUUAACUACUUACAUCAUCAACUUCUUUUAAUGACUUUCCAGAGAAAGUUAUCUACUUAUAUCGCAAAUUUCUUUUAACGAAUUUCCAGGGAAAUUUAUCGGAGAAGUCCACUAGGGAGAACAACCUAGUGGUGAAUUCAAGACACUGACUGCUCGUUUAUUUUUAAUUUUUAGAUCUAUUGAUGAUUAGGCAAUUAAUUUUGAAUAUAACUGUAAUUUUCAGGCGAUACAGCAGAAGCUCUUUCUGCUGGUGUCAUAGCUGGCAUAAGCAUUGUAAUUUGCUUGGUAAUCAUCCUUGUCGUUGUGGCCAUCUGGUAUGCGAGGAGCCGCUCUAAUAACUACCGUGGAAAAAGUAUCAGCUACUACAAAGACAUGUCUUCCAAACCUCUGGAAGAAGAUUUUGAUGACGAUGAUGAGAGAUGUAAAGUGUUUGAUGACAGGGGAUCGCGUGAAAGGGUUGAAUUUGCCUGAAGUUUGUAGAAUUUACUGUUAUGUUGCACUACUAAGUAUUUUUUGAGUGCUAAGUUAGAUUGAGUGAGAUCCUUUUUUGAACUCAAGGUUCUCAUUUAAUGUUUACUUCUUUUUGGUGUGUAUGCGAGCCUUUGUGUCUUUUAGAAUCUUGCCUUUGUGGCAAGACUGAUCUAUUUAAGUGGGUUUGUUGUGCAGCGCACACAGUACGCUAAAAAAGGAAGGCCCAUGUGCGAUAUCCUUCCCAAUAAUUUAAGCCAUUAAUCAUCCCCUUAAAGAACUUAUUUUGAUAAUAGAUGUUUAGUAUGCUACUUUUAAUCGUAACUGCCAUAUUUUCCAAAUAGAUUGUUGUAUAUUUUAAGAUAAACAACUGAAAAUUCGUAAAAAAUUAUGAAGUAUUUCUUUCAUCAUCAAAAUAUAGUGGUGAAGAGGUAAGUUGAGAAACACGAGUAUUUAUUUAAAUACAUUUUGAUCAUCAUGUUAACUGUGAUGAUCAUUUUUAUAUUAAUGUUGAUUAAUGUAUAUGACUAACAUCGUAAUGUGUGUCUUCAACCACCGUUAAACUAAAGUUAAUAAUAGUGAAAACCUUGCGAUUAAUAAACCUCAAGUCUUCUUGACCUUACAGGAAAAGAAAUGGAUCGAAACUAGACUGGCUUAUUAGAUGCCAAGAAAAAAAAAAACGAAACAAAUUGAUGACGUGUUUGCCACAAGUCUCGAUUAUGGCUUUAGGCAUACAAGAGAACAAUAAGUUAUAGACUCAUCGACUACUCACCGAAAUUUGACAGAUAUCAAAAAACAAAAGUAUAAAACAAAAUACAAUCAGUACCAACCACCCCUCAUUUGGAAUGAUAAAAGGGUGAAGUUACGGAGAAAGAGAGAGUAUUAUGUGUUACAAAUAGUGGAAGGGUGCUACAGUCGCUACCCUAUCGCUAGCUUUCUAUCAAGGGUUCCAAUUUCAAAUGGAAUUUAAUUUUUCGAACUCAGGUCGUGGCGGGAACUCCACCUUAGUGCUUUGACAUCCUGAUUCUGGUCAAAGUAAAAAAAACGAAAUUACAAGUUACAAAUUUAACAGAAGGAGAAAUAUUUGUCAUACCUGGAGAAAUUUUUUGGAUUGGAAUGUGAACUAGUUCUUUAUACCUUUUAUAAACUGCAGGCACCGGGUUAAACCCUAGUCAACUGAGAUACUCGGUGGUUUUCUUACUUGCAAAGGACAUAGAAAAAUGUCAAAUGUGGUCGUGAUAUCAAAAAGGCUACAAAAUUACUCAUUUGCCAUUGGCUGCACGAGAAAUGCUCGAUAGUGCACAAUAUCUUGCACAGCUGGCUUGUCAAACCGAGCAUUCUACUUGACUUGAAAAUAUCAAGAGUCAAGCAAAUUAUUUUAAAUGGUGUAAAUACAUAGAUAACAUGAUCUACAAUAUUACUGGUAGAGCCUAAGAUUAAAUAUAUUUAAUUAGGUAUAACUGGUGAUUGUUGCGUUAGUAAGAGAAGUACAUUUAAGAAAAGUUAUUCCUAGACAUUGUAUACAUCUUCUUAUGGCAGAGUUCUUAUAUUCUUUUUUCUCCCUCCCCCCUCCCCCCAAGAAUAACUGGUCCAAAAAAAAUUGGUUAAUUAGUUUGAUAGCUUUUGUAACGGGAAGCUAGGCUGGUCCCCGUUCCUGUCCUAUUUUUGUACUCUUGAUUAAUUUUGUUGAAUGCUGUGCAGGACACAGCGUGUAACUGGUAAAUCGCUCAGCAUCUUUAUUUUUAUUAUUUGUUUCG